AGUGGAAACAUCUUAACCGCAGAAGAUCGACUCUAAACCAGCAGGCGAGCACUCUAGGGCAAGAAAAUGUCAAACCCUGAUUUCGAGAGGCUUGAUUUCUAUAAAAACAUCCUGAGCGGCUGCAAUUUGGGUCCAUUUUGUAACAACUCCCAGCUGACUUUUUGCAAUGCAAGCAACAGCAGCGGCACCGACAUUGUUGAUGAUGGAUCCCCCUGGUUAAGAAUACUCGUCUCGGUGGUGUACUUUAUUGUGGCUACAGCAGGGGUGCUCGGCAACUUGUUAGUCAUGUUCCUGCUCUAUUCCACUCACACCAUCGCCACAGGCACCAUCAACUUCUUUGUCUUCAACCUGGCCUUGGCUCACCUGCUCUUUUCUUUGGCUUUGCCUUUUUGGGCUGUGGAAGUGGCACUGGACUACAGCUGGCCCUUUGAUUCAGCCACAUGCAAGGCCGUGUCUUUGCUCACGGGACUGAACGUGUUCGCCAGCUGCUUCUUCCUGACAGCCAUGAGCCUGACCCGCUACUGCUCCGUGGCCACAGCUCUAAAACCCAGCGCCUCCCUGUGCAGCAGGUCAUGCACUUUCCCCGUGGCCACGGCGUUCAUCUGGGUCGGUGCGCUCAUUGCGGCCGCCCCCCGAGCUGUCUUCGCAGACCUCAGCUACGUGGGCAGGGACAACGACACGGCGUGCCUGCUCCGCUUCCCGGACGGUACGGCCUGGCUGGGAAUAAACCAGCUCCUGCGAGUGGUGCUGGGCUUUCUGCUGCCGUAUGCCAUCAUCAUCCUCUCCUACCUGCUUCUGCUGCGCUUCCUGUGCAGGCACAAGCUGACGGGCAGCCGCAACUCUCGGCGCAAAACGGACAUUUCCAAGUCUGUGGCCGUGGUGGUGCUUUCGUUCUGCGCCUGCUGGUUCCCGUACAACGUCCUCACUCUCUGGAACGUCCUGAUCCAACUGGACGUCGUCGACAUCACCACGUCCUUCUAUGUGGCUCAGACCUACUUCUUUCCGCUGGCCAACUGUUUGGCUUUCACCAGCAGCUGCUUCAACCCUGUCAUCUACUGCCUGGUCAGGAAAGAGUACCGCGCCGCUCUCAAUAAUCUGCUCUUCAAAGUAAGCAUGACCAUCAAGUCCACAGUGCCCUACGCUAUAAACUCUGAGGACGGGUCAGGCCAAGCUGGGCCGUUUGCUAUUCCCCUCAACAACAUCUACAGCCAGACAUCCCAAAGUGACACGAGGAUGUACAAACCGCUGUCAAUUCCAACUGUGGCAUCACCCAUGUAA